ACGAGUACUACCCGAGAAAGCACAGUGCAGUCGGUUUCUUUGCCUUUGGUUUCUGUUAGAAGAAAAGAGAUGGCAGCUGCCCCGAUCGAACGAACGGGAAUUGUUCAAGAUGAAUUAACAGGUGAGAAAUUUAUUCCUGCAAGCCGGCGCCCUGAUGGGUCAUGGAGAAAACCACGUCGAGUGAAGGAAGGUUAUGUUCCACAGGAAGAAGUGCCAACGUAUGAGAACAAAGGUGUUCAGUGGCAGAAAAGCAGCAUGUCUUCCCUUCCACCGGGCCUCAAUCCUGAUACAGCGCCACAAGCAAGCAACAAACAACCAUCAGAAAACACAGAUAACAUGUCUAAGGCAGCAAAAAAGAAUGCCAAGAGAAAAGAGAAGAAAAAACAACAGGAUGGUCAGACAGUGUCGGUAACUCAAUCAGGACUUCCGGUUGUGAAUAUCUCAGAACAAAUGGCUAGAACUUCUUUGAAUGCUAAAAAAGACAAGGUUGAGGGUGACAAGCAAGACACGCUGAGGAAAGUCAGACAGUUGAGAAAGAAGGUGAAACAGAUUGAGGACUUGGAGAGAAGGAUAGAGACAGGGGAGUUGAAGCAACCAGAGAAGGACCAGCUGGAUAAGAUCUCAAAGAAACAGUCCUUAGUUGAUGAGAUGGAGGAGUUACAAUUGGAACUUGAUGAUUGAUUGUUGGAUUAUGUAAAGUUUUAACAUUUAAGUGUUUUAAUUUAGAUGCUGAUUGUUUUAAUUGACAAUCAAUUUGAUGAGAUAGAGGAGUUACAAUUGGAACUUGAAGGUUGAUGAUUGGUUUAUGUAAAGUUUUAACUUUUAGGUGUUUUAAUUUAGAUGCUGAUUGUUUUAAUUGACAAUCAAUUUGAUGCGAUAGAGGAGUUACAAUUGGAACUUGAAGGUUGAUGAUUGGUUUAUGUAAAGUUUUAACUUUUAAGUGUUUUAAUUUAGAUGCUGAUUGUUUUAAUUGACAAUCAAUUUUAAUGGAGUUGAAACUUGGUGAUUUAUUUACAGAAAGUGCAUUUAAAUUGGAAAGCUUGGAUGGAAUUGUAUAACAUGCAAUUAAAAAAGAGUCAUGACCGAGAAAUUAAAAUAUGAACUUAACAUAAUGCAGAAUGGUAUAUAGUUAGGGAAUCAAUACAUAGUGUUUUAUUGUCAUGUUUUAUUUCUUAAACAAUCUGUGAGUUCGUGUAUACUUGAUAAAUAAUGUAGUAGUUGAUAUUUAAAUGUAUCAUAAUUUUAUUCAAUGUAAAUACAUGUAAGGGUAGUUGUGAAGUAAGGAAAUGAAUAUGUCCAUAUAAGACUAAACAAGUUUUUAAAAAAAACCACUGUACACAGUGAUUAACAGUCCUGGGGUUCGUUGAAUUUAAGGUCUUUAGGCGUAAAGUGAAAAAACCUUAGUCAAGUUAAAAAUAAAAAUUUACCGGUACCUUUAGACUUAAAUCAGACAAUUUAAAACACAUUUGAGGAAAUGAAAGAAGCUAAAUUGUUGCCAGUUGUGAUGUUCCUACCAUUAUAAGAUUUGUGGAAUUACGACAAAGAUCCUCCAAGGUGUUUAUACAGAUGUGUAUAUUUUAGCAUUUUAUUUGAUUGGUGUGAUAAUUAUAUUUUAUUAACUGAUUGUUAUUACUUACAUGAAUGAUUUUUACCCAUUGCAAUGUAAAUACAAAAUGAAAAUAAAUAGUAAAUGUA